CUAAAAGUGAGCAGAGUAGGCGAUAGUCUGAUAAAUUGGGGUAGAGAAUUCCAGAGGAUAGGAGAAGCUCUGGAAAAGUCCUGGAGACAAGCAUGGGAGGAGGAGACAAGGGAGCUAGAGAGCAGGAGGUCUUGCGAGGAGCGGAGAGUACGGUUUGGGUGAUAUGUGGAGACAAGAUCGUUGAUGUAAUUUGGGGGCGGAGUUAUAAAUGGCUUUAUACGUUAUUGUUAAUGUUUUGAAUUUUAUCCAUUGGGCAAUGGGAAGCCAGUGGAGGGAUUGGCAGAGAGGGUGGAGGACACUGAGUGGAGGCCAGUGGAGGGAUUGGCAGAGAGGGGUGGAGGACACUGAGUGGAGGCCAGUGGAGGGAUUGGCAGGAGAGGGGUGGAGGACACUGAGUGGAGGCCAGUGGAGGGAUUGGCAGAGAGGGGUGGAGGACACUGAGUGGAGG